AUGUCCUUCUCGUCCGCCUCGACCUCCUCGCCACCAACAUCGCCCAUCAUCCCACAGGGGGCUCCCACCAAGACCAAGCCCGCAACCCCGCACAUUUCCUCAGCCUCGCCACCUACCUUCCCCUCAUCCUCCGCCUCUGCCUCUUCUUCCUCGUCCUCAAACGUCUCCGGCUCGAGCCCCCCUCCCUCUCCGUACACCUCGCUUUCAUCGCGUCUUAGCUGGAUUGAGCGCAUCACUCGCUCCAAGCCUGACUACUCUGCUCAGCGCGACUGCGCCUGGGCGGCCGAGAUGGACCGCCUUCUCGCCCUUGUGGACGCUGAUACGCGCGAUGAAAGUCCCUCUGCGGGGUGUGGCCCGGCCUACCCCUUCCGACGCUAG